AUGGCGCUCUGUAUGUAUGAUGAUACUGGCUUUCGAAGGAGAUGCCUGUGCUGACUGAUCUCUUUACUGUGUAGCCGCGCGCCUUUUGACCCUCCGACGGUCUCCCAUUCUCCUCAAACUCCCACCAUACCUCUCCGGCCUCUGUAUCCUCAUAGGAAUCGCAUGGCUCCUCAUACUGCCUCUGAACGAGUACUCCCGACAGACAUACAUCUCCGAAAAUGCCAUCCUCCCCGGCCAGGUCCACACCUACUUUGGCGGAAGCGAACAUAACAUCUUUCGGGCAUAUCGUCAGGAGGUCUGGUCUUUGGGCCAAAGGCAGAGCGAUGAUGAAAGAACAGCCGGCCUGUAUGACAUGAUGAGGGAUAUGGGGUUGAAGACUGCGUAUCAGUCGUACAGCUAUCAUAUCGCCGGACAGACAAUCGCUGGAAAGAAUGUCUACGGACUUCUUCAAGGACCACGAGCCGAUGCGACUGAGGCUAUGGUCCUUAUUGCAGCUUGGAGGAACUUUGAUGAUGAGGUCAACUACUCCGGCGUAGCGCUGGCGUUGACUCUGGCAAGAUAUUUCAAACGAUGGAGCGUCUGGAGCAAGGAUAUAAUUCUGCUCGUACCGGAUGACAGCACGUAUGGACCUGAAGCCUGGGUGUCGGCUUACCACAGCACCUCGACAACUCCAACAACAUUACGGAAUGUCUCGGCUUUGCCCAUCAAAGCCGGAGCUCUUCAAGGAGCCGUAGCUCUCGAUUACCCAGUCGGGCCUUGGGGAAAGCGUUUCAACAAGUUGGACAUACUCUAUGACGGCGUCAAUGGGGCCUUGCCCAAUCUGGACCUGCUGAACACAGCUGUAUCCAUCGCAAGCGGCCAGAUGGGCAUUGGAUGCAGUCUCCAUGGGAUCGAGGAGCACAGCGACAACUAUCAAGACCGUCUCAAAUGCCUGGCUCAUGGCAUCAUGACGCAAGCUGCUGGGCAUGCUACUGGCCCUCAUUCCGCAUUCAUGCCCUAUCACGUUGACGCAAUCACCCUCAAGACGAUUGGCGACGGCUGGCACGACGAGAUGAGCCUAGGACGUGUCACAGAGAGUGUGUUUCGAUCCAUCAACAACUUGCUGGAACACCUGCAUCAGAGCUUCUUCUUUUACAUCCUGUUGAACACCAACAGAUUCGUCAGCAUCGGAAGCUAUCUCCCGGCGGCCAUGCUAGUAGCGGGGAGCUUCACGAUCAAUGCACUGGCUUUGUGGGUGCUGAGCGGCAAAGGGCCACUUGAGACGCCCGCUGGGUCCAAGGUCAAGCAAGGCACGAGCGAGAAGCUCAAAGAAAAGGCCGUUGUGACCAUCCAGAAAGGCGAGGACGUUACAACAAUACCAAGGGCAGAAUUGGAGAAAGUGGAGCGAAAGAUGUUUCUGCCGGCAGUUGUGGUGCUUGCUGUGCAUCUAAUCAGCUCCGUGCCACUAUAUACGCUCACUCACAUGAGCCAAAAUGUGCGUAUUAUGGUCAAGGUCGGAUAUGGAAACCAAUGCUGACAGCUUGCAGAGCCUCACUUUCGCUUUCAUGGCGAUCACAGCCGCAAGCUAUCUGCUGCCCGUCUACAUCGGCGUACUGUGCGUCAGAUUCUUCGGCGCCAGCUCGCAACAAAUUCAAGUCAUGCAGUCUUUCUCGCUUCUGUUUGUGGGCGCCACGCUAGCGACAUGGGCCACCAUCAACUUCUCACUCGCCCUCGUAGUUGGCCUUCUUGCGUCCCCGCUCAGCUUCCUCCGUCCCAUCAACUUGACUUCUUCGGAGCAGUCCGAGAAAGAAGACAAGCGCAAUGCGGUCCUGAGUCUGGUACUGGGAGGAUUCGCUCUGCUCGCGUGGCUUGCCCUGUCACCUCCGAUGGUGCUGUACGCGCUUGGCCGGUACCUGCAGAAGGACUUCAGCUGGCUUUUAUUAGAGAUCGCGAAAGGAUGGUCAGCCCAGGGUGUAUGGAGCAAUCUCGUAAUAUGGAGUGUGUGGUGGCCGGCGUGGGUACUAGGCGGCGUUGUGCUGUGCAGCGGCGUGGUGAAGAGUUCCCGCUGA